GGGCCAAGUGCCGCAUAAUUCCUGUACCUAUAAAAUCUCUGGGAGCAUAAAAAGAACGGAGAAAAUCCAUCGGAGCGGGGAAGAAGAAGAAGACAAACAUAGAGAUAGAGAGAGAGAGAGAGGAAGAAGAAAGAUGGCGAGAGAUAGCUGCCUUGCUCGCGUCACUACAGGCGUUGCAGUGGGCGGUGCCGUUGGUGGUGCUGUUGGUGCUGUCUAUGGGACUUAUGAGGCUAUCAGGUACAAGGUUCCAGGACUGUUGAAGAUUAGGUACAUCGGACAAACCACACUCGGCAGUGCUGCAAUUUUCGGUCUUUUUCUUGGAGCCGGCAGCUUAAUACAUUGUGGAAAAUCUUAUUGAGUCUUGUUGCUUCCAAUCACUCACUUCACGGGUGGAAGAAAGAUCCAUGUGUGGAAAGGAUGGCUACUUUCAAAAUACAAGAUAUUCUCAUUGCUGGCCUUUGGCCAUUAUGAACAGGCCUUGUUUAAGGGAUUACAACGGAGAGAUUUCUUCUGUUUGCCUUUUAUGUAAUGCAUCCGUCUCCUAUGUGAAUGGGGAGAACCAACUGUUCUAGGUUUCUCUUUGAUGAGUUUUGGGUGUUCAUGCAUGUUUUUGGGGUUAUUUUAAAAUUUUGCCAUUUGUUCUCGUAAUGGUAUUGUUUCA